UUGGUAGCAGGCACUCCCUGGGCUAAACAGCAUCACCAUGUCUGUUCGAUACAGCUCAAGCAAGCACUACUCUUCCUCCCGCAGUGGAGGAGGUGGAGGAGGAGGAGGAGGAUCAUCCCUAAGAAUUUCGAGCAGCAAAGGCUCCCUUGGUGGAGGAUUUAGCUCAGGGGGGUUUAGUGGUGGCUCUUUUAGCCGUGGGAGCUCUGGUGGGGGCUGCUUUGGGGGCUCAUCAGGUGGCUAUGGAGGAUUAGGUUUUGGUGGAGGUAGCUUUGGUGGAAGCUAUGGAAGUAGCAGCUUUGGUGGGGGUUAUGGAGGCAGCUUUGGAGGGGGCAGCUUUGGAGGUGGCAGCUUCGGUGGGGGCAGCUUUGGUGGAGGUGGCUUUGGAGGAGGCUUUGGUGGUGGAUUUGGAGGAGAUGGUGGCCUUCUCUCUGGAAAUGAAAAAGUAACCAUGCAGAAUCUGAAUGACCGCCUGGCUUCCUACUUGGACAAAGUUCGGGCUCUGGAAGAAUCAAACUAUGAGCUGGAAGGCAAAAUCAAGGAGUGGUAUGAAAAGCAUGGCAACUCACACCAGGGGCAGCCUCGUGACUACAGCAAAUACUACAAAACCAUCGAUGACCUUAAAAAUCAGAUCCUCAACCUAACAACUGAUAACGCCAAUAUCCUGCUUCAGAUAGACAAUGCCAGGCUGGCAGCUGAUGACUUCAGGCUGAAGUAUGAGAAUGAGGUAGCUCUGCGCCAGAGCGUGGAGGCUGACAUCAACGGACUGCGUAGGGUGCUGGAUGAGCUGACCCUGACCAAGGCUGACCUGGAGAUGCAGAUUGAGAGCCUGACUGAAGAGCUGGCCUAUCUGAAGAAGAACCACGAGGAGGAAAUGAAAGACCUUCGAAAUGUGUCCACUGGUGAUGUGAAUGUGGAAAUGAAUGCUGCCCCAGGUGUUGAUCUGACUCAACUUCUGAAUAACAUGAGAAGCCAAUAUGAACAACUUGCUGAACAAAACCGCAAAGAUGCUGAAGCCUGGUUCAACGAAAAGAGCAAGGAACUGACUACAGAAAUUGAUAGUAACAUUGAACAGAUGUCCAGCCAUAAAUCCGAGAUUACUGAAUUGAGACGUACUGUACAAGCUCUGGAGAUAGAACUACAGUCCCAACUGGCCCUGAAACAAUCCCUGGAAGCCUCCUUGGCAGAAACGGAAGGUCGCUACUGUGUGCAGCUCUCACAGAUUCAGGCCCAGAUCUCCGCUCUGGAAGAACAGCUGCAACAGAUUCGAGCUGAAACCGAGUGCCAGAAUACUGAAUACCAGCAACUCCUGGAUAUUAAGAUCCGACUGGAGAAUGAAAUUCAAACCUACCGCAGCCUGCUAGAAGGAGAGGGAAGUUCCGGAGGCGGUGGACGCGGCGGCGGAAGUUACGGCGGAGGCUACGGAGGAGGAAGCUCCGGCGGCGGUUACGGAGGAGGAAGCUCCGGCGGCGGUUACGGCGGCGGCCACGGUGGUAGUUCCGGCGGCGGCUACGGAGGCGGAAGCUCCGGCGGCGGAAGCUCCGGCGGCGGCUACGGGGGUGGAAGCUCCAGCGGCGGCUACGGGGGCGGGAGCUCCAGCGGCGGCCACGGAGGCAGUUCCGGCGGUGGCGGCGGCAGCUCCGGCGGCGGCUACGGCGGCGGCGGCAGCAGCUCCGGCGGCGGCCACAAGUCCUCCUCUUCUGGGUCCGUGGGCGAGUCUUCAUCUAAGGGACCAAGGUCAGCAGAAACUAGCUGGGAUACUAACAAAACCAGGGUAAUCAAGACAAUUAUUGAAGAGGUGGCACCCGACGGUAGAGUCCUUUCAUCUAUGGUUGAAUCAGAAACCAAGAAACACUACUAUUGAGCUGCAUCAAGAGGAAAGUCUCCCUUCACACAGACCAUUAUAUGCAUAGAAAACAAAGUCUCCGAGAAGACACUUCUGUCUUAAUGGUCUAUGGAAACAGGUUCACUGCCUGAAAAUAAGGUGUCUACAAGGUGUUUUGUGGUUUCUGUAUUUUCUUCUUUUCACUUUACCAGAAAGUGUUAAUGGAAAGAAAAACAACUUUCUGUUCUCAUUUACUAACGAAUUUCAAUAAACUUUCUUACUGAUGCAAACUA